GAAUCUAAAAAACAAAAGCACUGACACCAAGCUCAUAGGUACAGAGAAUAGAUUGGUUGUUCCAAGACAGAGGGGAUAGGGAAUGGGUGGAAUAGGUGAACUGUUCUGUUUUUUUCAGUUUAACUAAAUUGAAUUUAAAAACCCACAUAUACUGAUUAUUAUCCUGAUGAUUAGAAAAUGCUGAUGAAAGAAAAAUUUUUAAAAACCUAAAUCCUAAACAAAUGGAGAAGAGAAAUUGUGUUCAUGGAUUGGAAGACUCAAAAUAGUAAAGAUACCAAUUCUCCCCAGUGUGAUCACAGAUUUAACAUAAUGCCAAUAAAAUUUUCAGGAGGAAUUUUUUAGGUUUAGAGGGGCUGACUAUACAGUUCUGAGAAGAGGAGUGAAGCUGGGGGACUCACACUGUGCAGCCCUGAGACCUACUGUGUGGCUGUGGCUUUCACGACAGUCAGGCUAAUAGACCCAGGAGAGGGCGCAGAACUAGACCCACACAGACGAGGCCAUUCACACAAAAGUGCAGAGGAACUCACAGAAAAAGGGUGGGCUCUUCAACAAACUGCGCUGUCGGUCAUCCACACACCAAGGAAGUGAACCCUGGCUACAAAGAGCAUAGGUCUAAGUGUACAUCAUGAAGCUGUGACACUUUUAGGAGAAAGAAAUUUUCGUGACCUGGGGCUAGGCACAAAGUUCUUAGUAAUGCGUGAACAGCACCAUCCCAAAAAGCAAGCCGAUAAAUCAGAUUUCAUCAAGAAUUUAAAGUUUUGCUCUGUGAGAUACACCGUUAAGACAACAAAAAGACAAGCUAAACCUCGGAGAAGACAUUGCAAACCGCGCCCAUGUGACAAAGGACUGGCUCUAGAAGGUACAAGGAAUUCCCUAAACAGGAAGAAGUCAAACAAUCCAGUUUUAAAAGGGGCAAAGGACAGGACACCUCAGCAGAGAGGGUGUCUGUAUGCAAAUGAGGACAUACAAAAGUGUCUGACAUAGGCCAUCGGUGCAGAUCAACUUCAGGGAGCCUUCACUUCACACCUGUCAGAUUGCUACAACUUAAGGUGACAUCAAACGAUGGGAAGGAUACAAAGGCUGAAGCUCUCACUCUAGAAAACAGUUGGCAGUUUCAGCCACACAGCCCAGCAGCCUGUCUUUCGGUGAGAAAUGUGAGCCCAGGUCCACGCAGACUUGUGCACGAAUGUCCACAGCCACAUUCACAGCCCCAGGGGGACUCUGCAGGUCCCUCCUGCAGGGGAGCCAUAAGCAAUUGCCGCCCAUCCACCCAGCUGGCCUCCAGGUAAGCACAGAGGAAGGACCACCAGGCCUCCGCCUCCCUGAGGGGAAGGAGCCAGGCUUAGCCCAUCCCUGUAGGAGGACAGCCGGGGCAGGGCAUGACCACAGAGGGCCUGGGAGGGGGUGCUGCCUGGUUCUGAAUGCAAGGGUGCUCACGAGAACCUAGACACGUGCACAAAAACGGGGCAAUUUCACUGUGUGCUUAAAAACAACCAGGCAACAGCCAAGAGAGGCUCCUCCCGCCUCCGGUCAGACUGGACUGCAGGCUGGCAGGGCCUCCCGGUGUCGCUCUGUCUGAGCUCCUAGCCUCAGGCGCUCUCUGGUCACCUGAUGCUGACCAGCCCUUAGUCUGAGCCCUGGCACCCACCCCAGCUUCCAGCUGGGGGAGGGUGGGGUCAGAGGACAAAGUCUGAGCAGCCUCCAGGGAGGGGCUGGGGCCACCUGGGCAGGUCACCAAAGAGGGUCGGUCACCUCCCUGGCUGAGGGCCCAGGUCCAGGUGGGCGGUAACGAGGCGGGACGGCACCCGGCAGUGCCUGAGGGGCAACAGUCUGGCUUCCACCUGCUGCAGCUGCUCGUCCACCAGCCCAGCCCACUCCUGUGGCCCCUGCUCUGGCCAAGGGGCACUGUCUGAGCCCCAGGGAGGUCGCAGUGGCUCUCCAGGGCAGCAGCGUCUGCAGCAAGUGGAGGGUGCCCGCUGCUGCCCACCCGCCCCAGGGCCAGCCCUGCCAGCACCAUGGGGCUGACCUGCAAGGAGCGCAUCCUGACCGGCCUGCUGGGUGCUGCAGUGGCCUCAGGCCUCACCACACUCAUCCUCUUCCUGGUGGAGGCCACUGACAUCCUCCUGCCCGCAGACUCCAAGUUUGGGAUCGUGUUUGACGCCGGGUCCUCCCACACAUCUGUCUUUGUGUAUCGGUGGCCAGCAGACAAGGAGAAUAACACAGGCGUGGUCAGCCAGGCCUCGGCCUGCCAGGUGAAAGGGCCUGGAAUCUCCUCCUAUACCUCCAACCCUAUAGAGGCCGGUGAAAGCCUGCAGGGCUGCCUGGAGGAGGCAUUGGCACUGAUCCCAGAGGCCCGGCGCCCAGAAACGCCCAUGUUCCUGGGGGCCACAGCUGGCAUGAGGCUGCUCAGCCGUAAGAACAGCUCUCAGGCGGAGGACAUCUUUGCGGCGGUUAGCCGGGUCCUGGGCCAGUCUCCCGUGGACUUCCGGGGCGCUGAGCUCCUGGCUGGACAGGAUGAAGGUGCCUUGGGUUGGAUCACCAUCAACUACGUCCUGGGCAUGCUGGUGAAGUAUUCCUUCUCUGGAGAAUGGGUCCAGCCUCAGGAGGGGACGCCAGUGGGCGCCCUGGACAUGGGUGGGGCCUCCACCCAGAUCACCUUUGUGCCUGGAGGCCCCAUACUGGACAAGAGCACCCAGGCCACCUUCCGCCUCUAUGGCACAGAGCACAGCGUCUACACCCACAGCUACCUCUGCUUUGGGCGAGACCAGGUGCUGGGCAGGCUCCUGGCUGGGCUGGUGCAGAGCAGCCGGGCCCCCAUCAUCCGUCACCCGUGCUACCACAGCGGCUAUCGGGGCUCCCUGGCCCCGGCCCCCCUGUACGAGUCGCCCUGUGUCCACAUCGCAGCCUCCCCAGACCUCACCAGGAACCUCACUGUGGAAGGGACAGGGAACCCUUGGGCCUGUGUUGCGGCCCUUAGGCGCCUCUUCAACUUCUCCAGCUGUGCGGGCCGAGGACACUGCGCCUUCAAUGGGGUCUACCAGCCCCCUGUGCAGGGCCGGUUCUACGCCUUCUCCAAUUUCUACUACACUUUCCACUUCCUGAACCUCACCUCCAGGCAACCGCUGGCCGCCGUCAACGCCACAAUCUGGGAGUUCUGCCAGAGACCAUGGAAGCUGGUGGAGGCAAGCUUCCCAGGGCAGGACCACUGGCUCCGCGACUACUGUGCCUCCGGCCUGUACAUCCUCACGCUUCUGCUCGAGGGCUUUGGGUUCAGUGAGGAGACCUGGCCUGGCCUUGAGUUCCGCAAACAGGCUGGGGGCACCGACAUUGGCUGGACGCUAGGCUACAUGCUGAACUUGACCAACAUGAUCCCGGCGGAGGCGCCUGCCCUGUGGCGGGCAGAAAGCUACGGGGUCUGGGUGGCUGGCAUCGUCUUUGUGGUGCUGACCCUUGUGGCCAUUCUCGGGGCUGCUGCGGUCCAGCUCUUCUGGCCCCAGGACUAAGCCAGGCUGCCACCUGAUGUGAGAAGGCCGAGGACCAGCUCCCACAGCCAGGGUGGCCAUCCCAGCCUGAGCCCCGGCCUUCCUGAGGCCCUGACUUCCGUGGGGCCUCCUUGUCCUGGGGGCUCUGGCCCCACAGUCAGAUGCCCUGCUCUGCCCUCAGGGUCCUUCUGGCCAUGGAGGUUUGCUGUGCACCCCCUGCCCCCAACCACAGCCUCCCCAUCCCAGCACUGCUGGGUCACCCUCUCCCCCAUACUUCCCAGGACAUUGGGUGCCUUUCUGCGCAAAUACCAGGCCACAGGACCCCUGUAGCAUUCUGUUCCGUGGCUGUGUGGCCUGCAGUCCCAGUGGGCCCUGGGGCCAGGACGAGCCUGGGAUAGAGUGACCGCUGGAGCAGGCGGGGGCUGGCUGCCCGGGAGGGGCUGGCAGUGGGGCCUGGCCUCGCGGGGAAGCCAGGAGUCGGCCUCUGCCUGGGUCCCUGGUGUCAUGGGCCUGAGGGGCAGUGUCCAGGCUCUGCAUGCCUCUCCUGGGUGGCCACAGCCCACACCCACAGAAGCCUGUCAGGCCCUCUCCACAGCCAAGCCCCGAAUGUGCAGCACAGCAUGGUGGGGACAGGUGGCUUUAUUAAAACAUUCCUUGCCAUGAGA